GGUAAAAGAGGAAGGCAACAGCAAAAAAAAAAAAAUAUCUCAAUCCCCUCUUCGUCUCAUCCUCCCCGAGCCGAGGGCGCAGAAGAAACACGGCAGCGAUCGUAGUCCAGCUCCUACUCUGACCUGCCGCCUCCGGGCCAUCGGCAUGGAUCAGGAAGUUGACAGUGCCAACAACAUGGUGGCACCAGAGUACAACAGUGGCGGCCUCUCCCGCGCAAACCCGAAAAGGCUUCGAUCGAAGGCGUGGGAAGACUUCACACCCAUCUUCGUUGGCGGGAAGGUCGCAAAGGCUGAGUGCAUGCAUUGCCACCAGGUCUUCAAUAGCAACAGCUCAAGUGGCACUAGCAACCUGCUUAAGCACCAAGCCAUGUGCGCCCCCCGGGCCCAGAAGAGGCCAAUGCAACGCAAGCUUAUGUCAGCUGGCUCUGAUCCGACACAGAAGAAGCUAUCGUUCUUUCCCACUAGCCAGAAGAAAUGCGUGGGCACAUCAGAUGCAAGGCCUGAGAAGAAGGAUCUUGUUUUGCUUUGCAAUGACAGGAGCAAGGAGAGUAGUCAGAAUGGGUCUCACGAGGAACUUGGAUCGCCUGAGCAGAAUGAUCUUGCCUUGCCUGAUGUUCCCACCGACACGAAAACAAAGAGUCAACAAGUUGAUCAAAAUGGGUCUCAUGACAAACUAGGUACAACUGAGCAGGAGAAUGAUGCCUUCCCCGACAAUCCCAUCGACAAGAAUGUAAAGAAUCAGUCCCAUGAGGAACUUGCAUUGCCUGAACAGAAGGGCAUUCCUACAGCCACGAAACAGAAGAAUCAGGAUGUUGGUCAGGAUGGAUCCCAUGGUGAGCUUGUUAGGAAAUUGUCCUUGCACGGUUACCUGCCAUCGAUGAUGGACCAUGGAGGACUCAGGAAGUCUGUGGAUUUCUUGAAUCCCAUGGCAAAGAUGCCAUCCUAUGCUGACUUGAUAUCUGCAUUUUUGGAUUUGUUCGACAAUGAAAAGGCCAAGCUAAAGGAGAAGUUUGCAGCCUUUUGCAGUCGGGUAUGCUUGAGUGUUCAUGUUUGGCACUAUGAUCCACUCUCAGCAUUCUUGUGCUUGAGUGUUCAUUACAUUGACGAUGAAUGGGAGAGGCAGCAAAAGAUCAUCACAUUUCAUGCCAUGGAUGAUACUAUUUGCAUUGCAGAAGAACUGGGUGAUGCCAUAUUGCUGGCUAUCCGAGAUUGGGGUCUUUGUGGAAAAGUUUUUAGCAUUAUACUGGAUGAUGCAUUUAUUGAUGAUUCAGUGGCUUCAAGUAUCAAAGCACAGCUCAUGAAAGAGAACUCAACCUGUGCAAACCAGAGCUUGUUUGUGGUGCGUUAUGGAACUCAUUUACUUGAUCAGGUUAUUCAGGUGGGGCUGGAUGAAUUUGAAAAAAUCAUGGAGAAAUCUGCAAACUGUUCUAAAUCUAUGAUGGGUCCUAACUCUUGUACUGCAGUGCGGUAUCCCAACUACCAAUACGCACCAUCUCAGGAAGACUGGGGCGAGGCGAGUAAGAUGUGUGAGACCUUGGAAGAGUUUCAUCAGCACAUGGACACGAUUCAGCAUUUUCGCGGUCCAGUCCACUUAUUUAACAGUAUCGAGGAUGUGAAGCGUGAUUUGCGCCAUGGACUUGAGGGCCAUCAGGAUGGAUCAUUUUCCAAUAUGCUAAAGAAGAUGCAGCAGAAGUUCCAGAAACACUGGAAACUCUGCUGCUUACAUUUAUGUAUGCAGAUAGUCAUGGAUCCUUCUGACGGUCUGGAACACAUCAAGUCUAAGAGUUAUGUCAACGAUGUGCAUGAUACAUUGCUCAAUCUCUUCUAUGAAUAUUCUGGUCAGGUGGAAGAUCCUAGCUGCACUUCUGGGUCUAAAACUAGCAAGGAAGCUGCUGUGAAUGAAGAUGAUAUGCCAUUGGCAUGUUGUGGCCAUUAUGGAGACAAAUGUAGUAGAGGGCGACCAAUGACAGAACUUGACCAGUACUUCCAUGAGCCAACUUAUUACUGUAGAGGCCAGACGAGUGUUCUUCAAUGGUGGAAGGAACAUAACCUGACCUAUCCUACAGUUGCUCGAAUGGCACGUGAUAUAUUGGCAUACCAUCCAGAAGCGAUUACGAGGUAGCAACAACGACUGCCGGACUUGCAAUUUGCGAGUCAGAUCAUAAGCAAUGGGUUGAGCAGCUUGUGUGUACCGAAGAUUGGCUCGGACCUAACCGUUCUGCAAGCAAGGACUCAACCAGUGAUCUUUUCGACUGAGUACUUGGGCCUUCUUAAUCUUCCAUGAUCUUUUUUUUUUUUAAUCUUUUUGGAAGGAGACGCCGAAUUCAACGACGAGAAAUGUGCGAAGGGCGACAUUUCUUCAGACGGCCUUUACGGAAUGCAUGCUGUGCUCAGUUAGCAGCUAUGAUUAUGAGCAGUCUUAGACAUUUAGUUACUGAUGAUGGUGGUGGCGUAAUGGUGCCCUUUGUACGUAUGUAUAUGUGUCGUGGACCGGGGAGCCUGUCAGUAAUUCCCACUUCUAGUUUUCAGAUACUUUGUCAGCAUCUCAUCCAAUGAUACCUGAUGAUGAUGUCCAUAUGCCCAGCCAUAUAUACUACGUAUCCUCUAGUACUUGCAGCA